AUGCAGCUGCCUCCAGGGCAAAACCAAAGCUGGGUUUCUGAGUUUAUCCUGCUGGGCUUCUCCAGUGACCCCCUGUCCAACAGGAUGCUCUUUCUGGCCUUCCUUCUCCUCUACCUGAGCUCCGUCCUGGGCAAUGGGCUCAUCGUCACCCUGAUCUGGCUGGACGUGCAUCUCCACACUCCCAUGUACUUCUUCCUCUGUGUCCUCUCCCUGCUGGAUAUGGGCUACGUCACCACCACCAUGCCCCAGAUGUUGGUGCAUCUUCUCGCUCACUCUCAGACCAUCUCCUUUGCUGGCUGUUGUCUGCAGAUGUAUGUGUUUGGUGCCCUGGGUCUAACUGAGGGCAUUCUCUUUGUAGUCAUGGCUUAUGACCGAUAUGUGGCCAUCUGCUACCCACUGCGCUACACUGUGAUCCUCAGCUGGGGCCUGUGCACACAGCUGGCAGCUGGGACCUGUGCCUGUGGUUUCCUCUUCUCUCUAAUCCAUACUUUCCUCACCAUGAGGCUACCAUACUGUGGGCCCAAUAUGAUCAACCACUAUUUCUGCGAGGGCCCCUCAGUGCGAAGCUUGGCUUGCAUGGACACCCACCUCAUUGAGAUGGUGGACUUCAUCAUUAGUGUGUUCAUUGUCGCUACUCCGGUCUCCCUCAUUCUGGCCUCCUACAUGCGGAUUGCCCAGGCCAUUCUCAAGAUCAAGUCCACACGCGGUCGCUGCAAGGCUUUCUCUACCUGUGCUUCCCACCUGACCGUGGUCACAUUUUUCUAUGCUCCAGCCACCUACAUCUACAUGAGGCCCAACUCCAGCUAUUCUCCUGAACGAGACAAGCAGAUCUCACUCCUUUACAAUGUCUUCACUGCCCUGCUCAACCCUGUGGUGUACAGUCUGAGAAACAAGGACAUCAAGGGGGCUUUUCUCAAAGUGAUAGGGCGAGAUAGGGGGCUCUGGUGA